AUGUUGCCUAAAUUACUUGAUAGCAUUCCAGAUAAUACGGGUUUUGUGAACGAUUAUGAAGUUAUUAGUGAAACAUCAUCAAUUGAUGAAGCUUUAUGUAUUGUUAUUUCAUUAUAUGUUAUAUUUGAAUUACAAUUUGGUAUACACAAGCGAAUUAUUCAAUUGUUAUAUGGUAUUCUAUUCAAACAAUCUGGAGCAUUAACUAAACCACUACGUGUUUUAUUGAAUCAAUGGAAUUUUAUUAUUGAUAAAAAAGAAGAUAAAGAAGGUGCUACAGUCGAAACUUUGACACAAGUCGAAGAUAAUCAAACUGAUGAUUUACCAGAUAGUGAGGAACAAGAAGAAAUAUAUGUCGAAAUUACAAUAGGUAAUAGUCAAGAUCAAACAUCAGCUACAUACAUUGGUGAUAAGGAUCUUAUGAAUGAGUAUUCAUUAGAAUCGUUAGAUUCUUCUUCUUCAUUAUCGCUAAUUGAUCUUCCAUUUAUUAUUCACAUUUCACCAGCAAAAGAACAACAAAGACAAAUAGCAUCUUCACUCUUCGAACGACAACACUUUAUAUGCAGUAAAUAUCAAACAGCAGGUAUCAUCAAUAUCAACUGA